GUGACAACAUCCGGGCUCUUGCCAUGUUUGCGGAAGUAAAGGUGAAGGCGCUUUGGACUGUCAUCAGUUUAGAAAUGGACAGAGGCGCUUCAGUGUAUAAGCAAUAAGACAUAUUUUGGUUUUGUCGUCAACGUUAGGAAAGAUGAAUUUACCCAAGGGACCAGACUCUUUGUGUUUUAACAAAGACGAGUUUAUGAAGGAUGAUUUUGAUGUGGAUAAAUUCGUGGCAGACUGCCGAAAGCGUGUCCAGCUGGAGGAGAUGCGCCAGGACUUGGAGCACUAUUACAGACUCCUCAAAACAGCCAUGGUGGAGCUGAUCAAUAAAGAUUAUGCUGAUUUUGUCAACUUGUCCACAAAUCUUGUGGGAAUGGAUAAAGCUCUCAACCAGCUUUCUGUCCCUCUCGGCCAGCUGCGAGAAGAAGUGAUGAGUCUGAGGUCAUCAGUCAGUGACGUUAUCCAAGCCAUAGACACACAGUUGACCAAGCAAGAUGACAUUCAAAAGAAGAAGGUUUGUGUAUUAAGACUUAUGCAAGUGGUUCGAUCGGUGGAGAAGAUUGAGAAAAUCUUACACUCCCAAAAUGCCCAAGACACCACUUCUCUUGAUGCAAGCAGUCCUCUUUUAGCGGGUCAGAUUCUUGAGCGGAUCGCCACUGAGUUCAACCAGCUGCAGUUCCAUGCUGUCCAGAGCAAAGGCAUGCCUCUGCUGGAUAAAGUGCGCCCGAGGAUCGCUGGUAUCACGGCCAUGCUGCAACAGUCUCUGGAGGGUCUGCUGAUUCAGGGCUUACAAACAUCAAACGUGGCCAUGGUGCGUCACUGCCUGCGCACGUACGCCACCAUCGACAAGACCAAAGACGCAGAGACACUGGUGGGACAAGUCUUAGUCAAGCCAUACAUGGAAGAGGUCAUAACUGAGCAGUUUGUGAAGUCCAGCCCUAACGGCCUUCAAACCAUGUACACAAAGGUUCUGGAGUUUGUGCCUCAUCAUUGCCGUCUGCUCCGGGAGGUCACAGGAGGGACCGUUUCUAGUGACAAAGCUGACAUUGUUCCUGGGUAUGACUUCCUUGUCAACUCUGUCUGGCCUGAGACCAUUAAAGGCGUUGAAGGCAGAAUCCCUUCUCUCUUUAAUCCUGGCAAUCCAGAUGCUUUUUACGAGAGAUACUGCGUUAGCAUGGACUUUGUGCGGAAGUUUGAAAGGCAGUGUGGUUCUCAGGCGAGUGUAAAGAGACUCCGAGCACACCCGUCUUAUCAGAGCUUCCACAACAAGUGGAACCUCCCAGUGUACUUUCAGCUGCGGUACAAGGAUAUUGCUGGGUAUCUGGAAAAUGCCACUGUAGAUGGAUUAAAAGCAGCUCCAGCGGGUAGCCACUACCGUCUGCAGGUGACUGAGGUAUUAUGGAGCUGUGUAUGCAGGUGUUGGGCCGAGCGCGUCUACCUUCCCCCUCUCGCCCAUCGGUUCUGGAAGCUAACGCUACAGCUCCUCUCCCGUUAUGCUACCUUUCUCACUGAGGUCUUAACUAAAACCUCACCUCCAGACACCACCAAAGAAGUCACAAGGCCACUCCCGAGCUCUGCUUCUUCCACGUCGAGUCGUACUUCUCAGGACGCAGACAGUGAGAGCGGUGGUCCUACACUCCUGUCUACCAAACAGCUUGUAUUUAUUGCUGCUGAUGUGGAUCAGUUACAGGAACAGAUUCCUGACAUCUCUAAUAUGGUGAUGGAAAGAUUACAGGAACUUGGGUUUCAAAACCUUGCACUUGUAUCAGAUGCAUUGGAUGACUCUAAAGCGGCUUUAUCCAGAUGCAUCCCAACACUGAACGGCAGAAUGACACAGAAUCUGACAGAGAGGAGCUUCCGCUUCCUGAAAAAUGCAUCAGAAGUUCCCCGGCUUUACAGAAGGACCAAUAAGGAAGUGCCCACCAGAGCCUCAGCUUACAUGGACAAUGCUCUACAACCGCUACAACAGCUGCUCACUGAUUCUACAGGUGUGGUGAAGACCUCCAUCAUCCAGGAGUGGCUCCGUGUUGCGCUUUCAGACUGCACUCAUAGAUACUUUGAGACCAUCUCUGAUGUGCUGAGCUCUGUGCGAAAGAUGGAGGAGAGUCUAAAGAGGCUGAAACAGGCCAGAAAAACUGCCACCACCAGCACAGCAGGAGCAAACACCGGACCCUCUGAUGACAGUAAGAUCCGCCUGCAGUUGGCCCUGGAUGUGGAGCACCUCGGAGAGCAGAUUCAGAAGAUGGGACUCCAGCCGAGCGACAUCACCAUGUUCUCCGCUCUGCUGGACCUGGUGCGGGAGGCACGGGAUCUCGCCACAGCAGAGCAUGCUGGCUCUUAGGACUCAUCCUUCAGGUUGACAGGAAGUUCCUUAUCUACAGCGCUUCAGCAGGCAGGUGCUCACAGAGCUCACGGAGGAAAACAAAAAGACUUUCCGAAUGAUUUACAGCCAUGUCGCAGUGCAGUUAUAAGGUGAAAGUCGCAAAUCUUUGAGCUGUGAGCUUUGCCUGUGAUGAAGAAGCACACAACAAGAAUGUUUCCAUGUGGACAGGUGUUAUUUAUUUUUAAACUUUUGGAUAUUUUAGAAUGAUAAAUGUUUAAUCACAUUGGUCAAGGGGAUUAUUAAUGAUAUGCAAUGUAAAUUCUGUGUACUAGAAAGGGACUACAAUGCCAUUAUGUCUUAUAUCCUGUCCUUCACAUUUACAUAAACAAUUGAUCUAACAUGAAAAUUAUGUCAUAAGCUUAAGCACCAUGUCAGAUUCCGUUUCAUAUAUUUUCUGACACAGUGCCUAUUCUGAGGCAAGUUGCCAAGCCAAGUGCUCAGUGACCCUGACAGGAUGCAUUUUACAUUUCGCACAUCUGUCAACAUUCUGUUGUUAUUCAUAUGUUCUACUGAACAAAGCUGAGACUACUGUAACUUCUCAUAUCAUCAUAUCAUUGACAAUAAAAGGCUUGGCAAAUUA